AUUUGCCAAUUGCACCUCCGAAGUUGUGAAGUUGUGUGUGCUCGAGACGUGACGCUGGCGCCCCUAACGACUUGCUUGUCUCUUGCUUCCCGAUUGAGGGUCGCUCAACCGCUGUUCGCUGCUGCAUCCGCCCGCUGCCUCCGGCCUCAAACACGAGCCUUCCUCCAGCCCGCAUUCCCGCGUUCUGUGCCAACCCGCACUGUCCCAUUCUUCUCCACUGCGAGCAAACUGUCCAACACCAGCAAGAUGAGCGACACCAAGCCCGUUGUUGUUUUUGUCCUGGGCCCACCUGGUGCCGGCAAGGGCACUCAGUGCGAGCGCAUUGUGGACACGUACAAGUUCAAGCAUCUCUCAGCUGGCGACCUGCUGCGCGCCGAGAGGAACUCUGGGUCUGAGACGGCCGAGCUGAUCAACGGAUACAUCAAGGAGGGCAAGAUCGUGCCUGUCGCCAUCACCAUCGAGCUCAUCCACAAGGCAAUGGAGGCACAUGACGGCAACUUGUUCCUCAUCGACGGUUUCCCGCGCAACGCCGACAACUUUGACGGUUGGGCGGAGCGCAUGGGAGACAAGGUUGACGCCCGCUUCGUCCUCUUCCUCGACUGCGACGAGGAGACAUCGACCCAGCGGUGCCUGCAGCGUGCUGCUAGCAGCGGCCGCGUGGACGACAACGUCGAGUCCCUCAAGAAGCGCCACCGCACAUACGAGGAGUCCACAAUGCCGGUGAUUGAUCUGUUCCGCAAGGAGGGCAUGGAGCGCCGCGUCGACGCCUCCGAGUCCAUCGACGCUGUCUGGGAGAAGGUCAAGGAAAUCUUCGCAGAGGCUGGCUUCACCGCAUAAGCACACACACACACACACACACACGCAUGCAUGCAGCUGCUGGUGAUACAUACACACGUGCGGUUGGUUGCAUUGGUCAGUGCGUUGAGUUCAUCAUACAAAUGGUUGCCUGUGUAAGCCCCAGCUGUGCCAUUUUCCACUCGCUUGCACACAUGUGCACACAGUCCUGCCUCACAAAGUUGGCAUGCACCGUAUUGCGGCCGCUGUUGAUUGCCGCUGUAUGCGUGUAUGUGUGAGCUUGCGUGUGUUCUUUGUUUUGUUUUGUUUGGUCCUCUUGCCUGAACUGCCCCCCUCCUCCUCUUCGCCCAUUGUUGAGCUGUGCUGCCUUGUUGUUUGACAUGAAUCUUCACCACCAGCGAUUACACUUUCAUACACCACCACAUCAGUUGGGUUCAAUCAUACGUUUAUUGCACUGUCCUUCAAGCACGACCAAACAUAUACACGACAUACACA